AUGAUUACAAUGAACAUUCUUGAUUCAUCUACUGUAGUAACAAAUAAUAAUGAAGAAUUGAACAAACAAGAAGCAUCCUUUAUGUAUUCCCAAUUAAUUAAAGAUAUUUUAAUUGGUAUGGAGCAUACAGAUGAAGCUAAACGAGAAAUGAUUCAAUUUUGUCGACAACAAUACGAAGAGAAUGAUGGCGAACUUCGAUGUAUUAAUGAGUUUGAAAGGGACUAUCGUCCUAGUAAAGCUAUUUGGUGGUACACACGUGAAUCGUUUCUUUAUCGAAUACUCAAUAAAGCUCUUCGAAUACAAGACAUUGAUGUUCUUUAUAAACUGAGAUUUUUUAUCGCUGAUUUACACAAACAAUUACAUGCGGGUGUUUCCAUGGGGUCCGUAUCACGAUAUACACAACAUUGUUCGCAUAAGCUGGAACCCUUUUCAAAUGAAUGA